AAGUACUUAUCAGAAGGCGGUUGCUGUCUGAGGUUGUGUGGCCCAAGUCUUCCUUUUCCAUUCCAUUCCAUCAUUCUAUUCUGCAUCUUCACUCUGAUUUGAUACCAUCAUCACUCCACCAGCCAGUAACUCCACCAUGCCUUUCGCUCACGUCGGACUCCCCGUGGGCAACCACUACACCGAAGUCCGCGACUUCUACAAGGCCAUCCUCGCUCCCCUGGGCUACGAGCUCAUGAUGGAGGGCGAGGAGACCACGAAGCAGUACUGCGGCUUCGGGACGAAGGACUCUGGCCUGGACUUCUGGCUCCUCGGGGAUUCCAACAACGUCUUGAACAAGUACGACGGAGUCUUGGAGAACCGCGCGGCGCCGGUGCAUGUGGCUUUCCAGGGGAAGAGUACCGAGCAUAUCGAUGGGUGGUAUGAGGCUGCCAUAAAGGCUGGGGCUGUUGAUAAUGGGAAGCCCGGUCCCCGGCCGCAGUAUAGGAAGGGGUACUAUGGCGCGUUUGUGCUUGACCCGCUGGGGAAUAACAUUGAGGUGGUUUUCGUUGUCGAGGAUUAGGAGCUAGCGUAGGAAGAAACGCCUGACAUUGCCGUCUAAGCUGAGGACCAGGGGAGGGGCGGGCCUUGCUGCGUGGAUUGUGGAUUUGGAAGUGGACAGGGCGCAAAUAGGGGUUUUGAGAGACCUCAAAUAUCGUGGCCGAGAUA